CACUCACUCGUGGGUUCUCAGUCGUGGAGCAGCCCACCCCCUCCUUGCAGCAUGCAUGUCGACCUGGGAUUGUGCGGAGCUCUCACGUCCCAGCAGCAGUGCACCUCGGCGGCCGCAGGACGUCCACGCAGGAGUCGGGGAUAACUUGGAUGUGUGGCAGGGGGGCGGGGCAACGAGCCUGGACUGUCAUUAUUUUCUAUUAUUAUUAUUAUUAUUAUAUUUAUUGCAGGAGUGCCGUGGACCAUCAUGCAUGUGCUCUUUUGGGGCUUGGGGUUCCUGUUUUUCCCUGACGUCAUGAAAGUAGACGCGAGAAUCUCCAAGUCCGGCACAGUAAAGGAGGAGAUCGGCGCCUACGAGAUCGUGACACCGGUGCGCGUGGACGACGCCGGGGACGAGCUGCCGGGCCGCGCGCACUUCCGGAGGAGGCGGCGCAGCGUGGCGGCGGCGGCGGAGGUCCCGGCGGAGCACGGCUGGGCCGCGCCGAAUAUCCACUACCGGAUUUCCGCUUUCGGACAGAGUUACCACCUCAACCUCACCCGGGAGUCGGGAUUUAUCGGCCCGCGUUACACUGUGACGAUACUGGGAGUACCGGCGGCGGGUAACCGCGAGGAGGACACGGAGCUCGGACACUGUUUUUACCAGGGCCGCGUGAACGCGCGGGAGGAGCGCGCCGCCGUCAUCAGCGUGUGCUCCGGAUUGUUUGGUACCUUCAGGUCUCCAGAAGGGGAGUAUUUUGUCGAGCCCCUCCAUAGCUAUGAAGGAGAACAUUAUGAAGAGGAACACACAAAACCUCAUAUUGUGUACAGGAAGAGCCCCCCCCUCGACAAACAGAAGUCCGGGGAGAGGUCAGCUUGUGACACUUCAGAACACAAACACAGACGUCGAAGGCACAAGGCGAGGAGGAAGCCGGCGGCCGUUCCCGGCGCUAGCAUGCUAACUGACGUGGCGUCGCUAACUGCCCGUUUGGCCGGCGACGCCACGCUCGGCCCUCAAAGCGGCGGUUUCGCCGUCAACGACAGCAGCGGCGCCGACUCCGCGCCUCACAGGCGAUCCAAGCGCUUCCUUUCCUACCCGCGCUUCGUCGAGGUCAUGCUGGUGGCCGACAGCAAGAUGGCGGAGCAUCACGGCGGCAACCUGCAGCACUACAUACUCACCCUGAUGUCCAUCGUGUCGUCCAUUUACAAAGACCCCAGCAUCGGCAAUCUGAUCAACAUCGUCAUCGUGAAGUUAGUCAUCGUCAACAAUGAGCGAGACGGUCCUCAGGUUUCGUUUAACGCACAGACCACUUUGAAGAACUUCUGCAUCUGGCAGCAGAGUCAGAAUGUCCCGGAUGAUAACCACCACUCGCACCACGACACCGCCAUCCUCAUCACCAGGCAAGAUAUCUGCAGAGCCAGAGAUAAAUGUGACACCUUAGGACUGGCGGAGUUGGGCACGGUGUGUGAUCCGUACAGGAGCUGCAGCAUCAGCGAGGACAACGGCCUCAGCACGGCGUUCACCAUCGCCCAUGAACUGGGUCACGUGUUCAACAUGCCUCAUGAUGACAGCAACAAAUGCAAGGAGGACGGCGUAAAGAUCCAGCAGCACGUGAUGGCUCCCACGCUCAACUACAACACCAACCCUUGGAUGUGGUCCAAGUGUAGCAGGAAGUACAUCACAGAGUUCCUCGACACAGGCUAUGGCGAGUGUUUGCUCGACGAGCCGGUUUCUGGGCCGUACGGUCUCUCGCAGCAGCUGCCUGGACGGAUAUACGACGUCAAUAAACAGUGUGAAUUGAUAUUCGGGCCGGGGACACAGGUGUGCCCGUACAUGACUCAGUGUCGGAGGCUGUGGUGUACCAGCCCAGAGGGUGCCCAGCGGGGGUGCAGGACACAACACAUGCCGUGGGCCGACGGCACUGACUGCUCUCCUGGGAAGCACUGCAAACACGGCCAGUGCAUCGCCAAAGAGCACGACGCCACACCCGUGGAGGGGGCGUGGGGCGUUUGGAGUCCUUUCGGCACCUGUUCUCGGACGUGCGGCGGAGGGAUCAAGAUGGCAGUGCGCGAAUGCAACCGACCUGUGCCCAGGAACGGCGGCAUGUACUGCGUCGGUCGCCGGAUGAAGUUCCGUUCCUGCAGCUCCGAGCCGUGCUCCAAGCAGAAGAAGGACUUCAGGGAGGAGCAAUGUUCCUCGUUCGAUGGCAGACAUUUCAACAUCAACGGCCUACCUCCUAACGUUCGCUGGGUGCCCAAAUACAGCGGAAUCCUGAUGAAGGACAGGUGUAAACUGUUCUGCAGGGUAGCUGGCAGCACGGCCUACUAUCAGCUCAGGGACCGGGUCACUGACGGCACGCCGUGUGGACCCGAUACCAACGACAUCUGCGUCCAAGGCUUAUGCAGGCAAGCUGGCUGUGACCAUGUCCUGAACUCCAAAGCCAGGCGGGACAAGUGCGGCGUGUGCGGCGGUGACAACUCUUCCUGCAAAACCGUGGCAGGCACUUUCAAUAUUGUACGCUACGGCUACAACGAAGUGGUGCGCAUACCCGGCGGUGCUACCAACAUAGAUGUGCGUCAACACAGCUACUCAGGGAAACCGGAGGACGACAACUACCUCGCCAUCUCCAACAGCCGUGGAGAGUUCCUGCUUAACGGAGAGUUUGUAGUCAGCAUGUUCAAAAGGGAAAUAAAAGUGGGAAACGCUGUCAUCGAGUACAGUGGCUCCGACCACGUUAUCGAGAGGAUCAAUUGUACCGAGCGCAUCGAGGAGGAGAUCAUUGUCCAGGUGCUGUCCGUGGGGAACCUUUACAACCCAGAUGUCAGGUACUCCUUCAACAUCCCCAUCGAGGAUAAACCUCAGCAGUUCCUCUGGGAUGCUUAUGGUCCGUGGCAGGAGUGCAGCCGCCUGUGCCAAGGUGAGAAGAAGAGGAAGGUGCUCUGUAGCAGAGAGUCAGACCGUGUGGUGGUCUCAGACCAGAGAUGCCACGGCGUAGCAAGACCUGCCGUCAUCUCUGAGCCCUGCAACACAGAAUGUGAGCUAAGGUGGCACGUUGCCCGGAAGAGUGAGUGCACGGCUCAGUGUGGUUCGGGAUAUCGCACCCUGGACAUAUUCUGUGCCAAAAUCAGCCGCACGGAUGCCAAGACCCAGAAAAUUGAUGAUCGCUACUGUAGCGGUCAGCGCAAACCCGAGGACAAGGAAGCUUGCCACGGAGAUUGUAAUCCCGGAGGCUGGGAGUACUCGUCCUGGUCAGAGUGCUCAAAGAGUUGCGGCGGGGGCACCCGCCGAAGAGGGGCGGCCUGUCGAAAGGCGGCAGAGCCUGAGGGCGAUGAGAGCAAAUGUAGUCAAAGGGACAAGCUGGCCGUCCAACCCUGCAACGAAUUCCUCUGUCCACAAUGGAAGACUGCCGACUGGUCCGAGUGCCUUGUCACAUGCGGGAAAGGCUACAAGCACCGGCAGACGUGGUGCCAGUUUGGGGAGGACCGUCUGGAUGACCGCUUCUGUGGUUCAUCGAAACCUGAGUCGGUCCAGACGUGUCAGCAGCAGGAGUGUGCCUCUUGGCAGGUUGGCCCUUGGGGACAGUGCACUACCUCGUGUGGACCUGGGUACCAGAUGCGGGCUGUGAAGUGUGUCGUGGGCUCCUAUGGUUCUGUCAUGGAGGACACUGAUUGCAAUGCUGCCACCCGACCAACUGACGCCCAGGACUGCGAAGUGGCCCAGUGUCCAAACAGCCAACCCGCUCAACCAGGACCCAAAGUCCCUUCUCACCAGGGACAUAAAACCCAAUGGCGAUUUGGUUCCUGGACCCAGUGUAGCGCCAGCUGUGGCAAGGGGUCACGGAUGCGUUAUGUGAGUUGCCGUGACAACCACGGCGGCGUGGCAGAGGAGUCGGCGUGUGCGCACCUCCCCAAACCUCCUGCCCGGGAAGUGUGCUCCGUCGUGGCCUGCGGACAGUGGAAGGUUUUGGAAUGGACAGUGUGUUCAGUAACCUGUGGUCAGGGUAAGACCACCCGCCAAGUGGUCUGCGUCAACUACGGCGACCAGGAGGUGAACGCCAGCGAGUGUGACCCCGACGACCGGCCCAGCACGGAGCAGGACUGCGCCAUGUCUCAAUGCCCGUCCCAGUCCAGCGAGUACAGACCCUUCCCAUCCUCGCCGAACAGCAGUGCCAGGAACCUCAUCCCUCAGAGCCAAUCCCACCAAUGGCGGACUGGACCUUGGGGCGCGUGCUCCAGCACGUGCGCGGGAGGCUUCCAGCGGCGAGUGGUUGUGUGCCAGGACGAGAACGGCUACCCUGCCAACAGCUGCGAGGAUCGCACCCGGCCCAGUGAGCAGCGAUCCUGUGAGUCGGGGCCGUGUCCGCAGUGGAUCUAUGGCAACUGGGGAGAGUGCACCAAGCCAUGCGGAGGCGGGAUAAAGACGAGGCUGGUGGUGUGUCAACGUCCAAACGGCGAGCGUUUCAACGAUCUGAGCUGCGAGAUCCACGACAAGCCGCCGGAUCGGGAGCAGUGCAAUACUCAGCCAUGCCCGUCUAGUCCCCACUGGAGCACAGACCCAUGGAGCUCGGUACGCUCAUAAAAAGUACUUUUUUUUUUUUUUUUAAAGGCCUACUGAAAUUAGAUUUUUUUAUUUAAACGGGGAUAGCAGGUCCAUUCUAUGUGUCAUACUUGAUCAUUUCGCGAUAUUGCCAUAUUUUUGCUGAAAGGAUUUAGUAGAGAACAUCGACGAUAAAAUUCGCAACUUUUGGUCGCUAAUAAAAAAAACCUUGCCUGUACCGGAAGUAGCAGACGAUGUGCGCGUGACGUCACGGGUUGUGGAGCUCCUCACAUCUGAACAUUGUUUAUAAUCAUGGCCACCAGCAGCAAGAGCAAUUCGGAUCAAGAAAGCGACAAUUUCCCCAUUAAUUUGAGCGAGGAUGAAAGAUUCGUGGAUGAGGAAAGUUAGAGUGAAGCACAAAAAAAGAAAAAAAACGACGGCUCCAGGCAGAUCUAAUUAGACACAUUUACUAGGACAAUUCUGGAAGAUCCCCUAUCUGCUUAUUUUAUUAAAGGCCUACUGAAAUUAAAUGUUCUUAUUUAAACGGGGAUAGCAGGUCCAUUCUAUGUGUCAUACUUGAUCAUUUCGAGGUAUUGCCAUAUUUUUGCUGAAAGGAUUUAGUAGAGAACAUCCGCGAUAAAGUUCGCAACUUUUGGUCGCUAAUAAAAAAGCCUUGCCUGUACCGGAAGUGCGCGUGACGUCACGGGUUGUGGAGCUCCUCACAUCUGAACAUUGUUUAAAAUCAUGGCCACCAGCAGCAAGAGCGAUUCGGAUCAAGAAAGUGACAAUUUCCCCAUUAAUUUGAGCGAGGAUGAAAGAUUCGUGGAUGAGGAAAGUUAGAGUGAAGCACAAAAAAAAAGAAAAGGCGGCGGCAGUGGGACCGUUUCAGAUCUAAUUAGACACAUUUACUAGGACAGGUCUGGAAGAUCGCCUAUCUGCUUAAUUUUUUAAAGGCCUACUGAAAUGAGAUUUUCUUAUUUAAACGGGGAUAGCAGGUCCAUUCUAUGUGUCAUACUUGAUCAUUUCGCGGUAUUGCCAUAUUUUUGCUGAAAGGAUUCAGUAGAGAACAUCCACGAUAAAGUUCGCAACUUUUGGUGCUGAUAAAAAAAACCUUGCCUGUACCGGAAGUGCGCGUGACGUCACGGGUUGUGGAGCUCCUCACAUCUGAGCAUUGUUUACAAUCAUGGGCACCAGCAACGAGAGCGAUUCGGACCGAGAAAGCGACGAUUUCCCCAUUAAUUUGAGCGAGGAUGAAAAAUUCGUGGAUGAGGAAAGUUAGAGUGAAGCACAAAAAAAAAAGAAAAGGCGGCGGCAGUGGGACCGUUUCAGAUCUAAUUAGACACAUUUACUAAGACAAUUCUGGAAGAUCCCCUAUCUGCUUAUUUUUUUAAAGGCCUACUGAAAUGAGAUUUUCUUAUUUAAACGGGGAUAGCAGGUCCAUUCUAUGUGUCAUACUUGAUCAUUUCGAGAUAUUGCCAUAUUUUUGCUGAAAGGAUUUAGUAGAGAACAUCCACGAUAAAGUUCGCAACUUUUGGUCGCUAAUAAAAAAGCCUUGCCUGUACCGGAAGUAGCAAGCGAUGUGCGCGUGACGUCACGGGUUGUGGAGCUCCUCACAUCUGAACAUUGUUUACAAUCAUGGCCACCAGCAGCGAGAGCGAUUCGGACCGAGAAAGCGACGAUUUCCCCAUUAAUUUGAGCGAGGAUGAAAGAUUUGUGGAUGAGGAAAGUUAGAGUGAAGCACAAAAAAAAAAGAAAAAGCGGCGGCAGUGGGACCGUUUCAGAUCUAAUUAGACACAUUUACGAGGACAAUUCUGGAAGAUCCCCUAUCUGCUUAUUUUUUUAAAGGGCUACUGAAAUGAGAUUUUCUUAUUUAAACGGGGAUAGCAGCUCCAUUCUAUGUGUCAUACUUGAUCAUUUCGAGAUAUUGCCAUAUUUUUGCUGAAAGGAUUUAGUAGAGAACAUCGACGAUAAAGUUCGCAACUUUUGGUCGCUAAUAAAAAAACCUUGCCUGUACCGGAAGUAGCAGACGAUGUGUGCGUGACGUCACGGGUUGUGGAGCUCCUCACAUCUGAACAUUGUUUACAAUCAUGGCCACCAGCAGCGAGAGCGAUUCGGACCGAGAAAGCGAAGAUUUCCCCUUUAAUUCGAGCGAGGAUGAAAGAUUUGUGGAUGAGGAAAGUUAGAGUGAAGCACAAAAACAAAAAAAAAUGCGGCAGAUGUAAUUAGACACAUUUACUAAGACAAUUCUGGAAGAUCCCCUAUCUGCUUAUUUUAUUAAAGGCCUACUGAAAUGAGAUUUUCUUAUUUAAAUGGGGAUAGCAGGUCCAUUCUGUGUCAUACUUGAUCAUUUUGAGAUAUUGCCAUAUUUUUGCUGAAAGGAUCUAGUAGAGAACAUCGACGAUAAAGUUCGCAACUUUUGGUAAAAAAGCCUUGCCUGUACCGGAAGUAGCAGACGAUGUGCGCGUCACGUCACGGGUUGUGGAGCUCCUCACAUCUGAACAUUGUUUACAAUCAUGGCCACCAGCAGCGAGAGCGAUUCGGACCGAGUAAGCGAUAAUUUCCCCAUUAAUUUGAGCGAGGAUGAAAGAUUCGUGGAUAAGGAAAGUUAGUGAAGCACAAAAAAAAAAAAAAAGCGUUUCAGAUGUUAUUAGACACAUUUAAUUUGGAAAAAAAAUUCUAAAAAUAAAAUUAGCCACUGGGAACUGAUUUUAAUUGGUUUUAACCCUUCUGAAAUUGUUAUAAUGUUCCCCUUUUAUAUCACAAUUUUCCCGGGCAAAAACUUGCUGGUUGACGUAGAGAAACAUGUUCGCUUGACCGCUCUGUGUUAAAGCUUCACAACAAACAAAGAAAUCUCGGUUGCUAAAGGCAGCUGCAAUACACCGCUUUCCACCAACAGCAUUCUUCUUUGAUGUCUCCAUUAUUAAUUGAACAAAAUGCAAAAGAUUCAGCAACACAGAUGUCCAAAUUACUCCACACUCCAACCAUCCGUUUCAAUACAUGCGUAAUCUGUUGAAUCGCUUAAGCCGCUGAAAUCUGAGUCUGAAUCCGAGCUAAUGUCGCUAUAUCCGCCAUGUUUGUUUGUAUUGGCAUCACUAUGUGACGUCACAGGAAAAUGGACGGCUGGAUUUACAGAUAGCGAAAAUCAGGCACUUUAAAGCCUUUUUUCGGGAUAUUCCUUGAUGGGUAACCAACACCAUUCUUCUUUGAUGUCUCCAUUAUUAAUUGAACAAAAUGCAAAAGAUUCAGUAACACAAAUGUCCAAAUUACUCCACACUCCAACCAUUCGUUUCAAUACAUGCGUAAUCUGUUGAAUCGCUUUUGCCGCUGAAAUCCGAGUCUGAAUCCGAGCUAAUGUCGCUAUAUCCGCCAUGUUUGUUUGUAUUGGCAUCACUAUGUGACGUCACAGGUAAAUGGACAGGUUGAUUUACAGAUAGCGAAAAUCAGGCACUUUAAAGCCUUUUUUCGGGAUAUUCCAUGAUGGGUAACCAACAGCAUUCUUCUUUGAUGUCUCCAUUAUUAAUUGAACAAAAUGCAAAAGAUUCAGCAACACAGAUGUCCAAAUUACUCCACACUCCAACCACCCGUUUCAAUACAUGCGUAAUCUGUUGAAUCGCUUAAGCCGCUGAAAUCCGAGUCUGAAUCCGAGCUAAUGUCGCUAUAUCCGCCAUGUUUGUUUGUAUUGGCAUCACUAUGUGUGGAUUUACAGAUAGCGAAAAUCAGGCACUUUAAAGCCUUUUUUUCAGGAUAUUCCAUGAUGGGUAACCAACAGCAUUCUUCUUUGAUGUCUCCAUUAUUAAUUGAACAAAAUGCAAAAGAUUCAGCAACACAGAUGACCAAAUUACUGUGUAAUUAUGCGAUGAAAAGAGACGACUGUGUGGUGCUGGGCUAAUAAGUCCGCUACAACCCGAGACGUCACAAACACGCGUCGUCAUUCCGCGACGUUUUCAACAAGAAACUCCGCUGGGGAAUUUAAAAUUGUAAUUUAGUCAACUAAAAAGGCCGUAUUGGCAUGUGUUGCAAUGUUAAUAUUUCAUCAUUGAUAUAUAAACUAUCAGACUGCGUGGUCGGUAGUAGUGGGUUUCAGUAGGCCUUUAAAGCUCACAUUUCGCCUGCACUGUUUACUCAGUCACAGUCCUUCUAUAAAAAAAAAGGAGCGGGGGGGGUUCUGUGGCACUUUUGUUGCUGGAGAAAACAAACGCUACCCGACUCCCUUCCACUUUCUGCUCCCCUCCCCGCCUGCGACGUUUCCUCAAGACAUUUGGAAAUGCAAUUUCUCCCGCACUUACACGGCAAAGAUAUUUGCCAGACAAAGUACAUCACCCCCGAAAUGCUUCAGUGACAGCUGGGACCGGAAGAACCUUUUUUUUUGCCGACUCAAACCGCGGUCGGGCGACUAUCAGGACCAUCUUUGUAUCACAAUCAACGCUACUUUUGUAACAUAUUGUUUUCAGAAUAUAAUUUAUUAAGAUUUUUUUUUUUUUCUUUUUUUCUGUUCAUCUUUUGUACAUAGCGUUAACUUUAAAAGUGAUUUAUUUUUCUGUUAGCUCUUUGUAUCGGGACAUAGCCAAUUGUUGUUCACGUGCAAAUACUGAUGAAUGUUUUUUUGUAUAUCAGGAAUAUACAGUUACGAUACCGUUUUUUUUUUUGUUUUGUUUAUCAUCCAAAGAACGGCCCAUGUUUUUAUAAGUGUGCGGUGCUACCUUCUGACAUGUGUGUGUUCCCACUUGAGCAUUUAAAGCACCCACUUACACGGGACUCCAUUCGGGCUGUGGACUAUAUAUAUUUUUUAUUUUUACCAAAUGCAUAUUUUAAAUUGUAUCAUGAAUUCAGUUUGUCUUAAGGCACAUUUGCUUUGUUAGAAGAGAUAAGCUUAUGUCGACACUUUAUUUCACAAGUGUGUACUGUAUUUGCUUCGGCAAGGACAUUGACACCAGGCUGGUGCAAAAUUACCAAGAUAGAAUUUUAAUUGAAAUUGGUUCCACCGCAGAGCAUGGAUUGAAUACAGGAAGUGGAAUGAGAUGAAUUGAAAAUAGCAAAGUAACAGGAAUAAUUUGUCACGUUUAACAAAGAUUGUGCCUUAAAUCAGCAUCUUCAAUUUGGCUCGUGAAAGGGAGUUGGCAUUCAGUUUAAUAGUCGUUUAGUCGCGGACAAUGCACAUACUUCAGAUCACUUACCUUUAAUAAUACUCUAAUUAAGAGUUUGCGCAGGAUUUAUUUAUGAGGCCCAAUGCGGACAACCUUCCUUAGUCAUGGUGCUAAAAAAAAACUUCUUAUCACUGACCUUUGAUUAUACUCUAAUGUAGAAUUUGCGCAACAUUUACUUAUAUGGCCCAAUGCAAACAACCUCCCCUAGUCAUGGUGCAAACAAAAAAAAUAAAUACAACUAACACAAAUUGUCAACAGACAUGGUCACACAUAAAGCUUGCUAACUGAACUUUGUGGACAUUUAAAAAAAAAAAACGUCCAUGCACCAUAAACAAUUGAAAAUUACAGGCAUUACAUUUCAAUGCAUGAUGGGACAAAUGCACACUUGGCACAUAUUAGCAUUCCGUUUAAUAGUCUGACAAUAUUAAUGCUGUUGCUUAGUCGACAUGUUGCCAGUACUUCAGAUCACUUAACUGUACUUAUACUCUAAGAUCUCCGCAGAGCGUUUACCUAUAUAGCCCAAUGUGAACAACCUUCUCUAGUCAUGAUGCACAAAAAAGUACAUCAGAUGUCUGACCUUUGAUUAAACUCUUGCUAGAGUGUGCGCAACAUUUACUUAUAUGGCCCAAUGCAAACAACCUUCCUUAGUCAUGGUGCAAACAAAAAAAAUAAAAUUAACACAAAAUGUCAACAUACAUACUCUAAGAGUUUGCACAGGAUGUACUUAUACGGCCCAAUGCGGACAACCUUCCGUAGUAAUGGUGCGAAAAAAAGUACAUCAGAUCUCUGACCUUAGAUUAUACUCUUACUACAGUUUGCGCAACAUUAACUUAUAUGGCCCAAUGCAGACAACCUUCCUUAGUCAUGGUGCAAACAAAAAAAAUACAAUUAAUACAAAAUGUCAACAUACAUACUCUAAGAGUUUGCACAGGAUUUACUUAUGUGGACAACCUUCCGUAGUAAUGGUGCAAAAAAAAAGUACAUCCGAUCUCUGACCUUAGAUUAUACUCUACCGAGAGUUUGCGCAACAUUUAUUUAUAUGACCCAAUGCAGACAACCUUCCUUAGUCAUGGUGCAAACAAAAAAAUAUAAUUAACACAAAAUGUCAACAGACAUACUCUAGUUAAGAGUUUGCGCAGUAAUGGUGCGAAAAAAAGUACAUCAGAUCUCUGACCUUAGAUUAUACUCUACCUAGAGUUUUUGCAACAUUUACUUAUAUGGCCCAAUGCAGACAAGCUUCCUUAGUCAUGGUGCAAACAAAAAAAAUACAAUUAACACAAAAUGUCAACAGACGUGGUCACACAUAAAGCCUGCUAACUGAACUUUGUGGACAUUUAAAAAAAAAACGACCAUGCAGCAUAAACAAUUGAAAAUUACAGGCAUAAUGGGACAAAUGCACACAUAUUAGAAUUCGGUUUAAUAGUCUGACAAUAUUAAUGCUGUUGCUUAGUCGACAUGUUGCGAGUACUUCAGAUCACUUAACUGUACUUAUACUCUAAGAUCUUGCAGAGCGUUUACCUAUAUGGCCCAAUGCAAACAACCUUCCCUAGUCAUGAUGCACAAAAAAUAUACAACUAACAAAAAAUGUCAAUCGCUAUUGGAUUUUAUUCCUACUUCCUUCAAUUCGAAUGUGAUUUGCAUUUCUACUUCCUGUUCAAAUUCAUGGUUGUUUGGGUUAAAAAUGAACACCUUAGGUUCAUUACCUGGAAAAAGACGUACCACUGCUGUAAAAUAAAGUGUCUCAUGGGUUUAGAGGUCAUCAGUGGGAAUAUACCUUAUUUUAUAUUCCACUUUAGUACAGUCAGGGUGUCAAGCUCUCUGCCUCAAAGGUGCUCUAUGAGUGUAUAUGUAUGUUAAUGUUUGCUUUGUACAGUACGUGGACUUCUUAUAUCUAAAUAUAUAUGCUGUGCUCAACAAUACCUCACUUGGAAACAGACACAACUUGCCAUUCUUCAACCCCAAAGCCAGUGAAGUCGGCACGUUGUGUAAAUUCUAAAUAAAACCAGAAUACGAUGAUCUGCAAA